AUGAGAGGGAGAAAUAAGAGAGCGCAGGAGAGGCUUCGAGGCUGCCAGCGGGGCUGCUGUAGGAAGCGAUACUUUUUAUUUUAAUUUAUUUUGUUUUUAUUGUUUUUUUAAGUUACUUUUUGUCAUUUUUAACCACACGCCCUGCACAAGGCAGCUGCAGCUUGUGUUUUAUUACACGGAACCCACAGGCCGGCUCGUGCGUGGGGUUUUUAAAUAUUAGUUUUUAUUUUAAGUAACUGAAGCCUGUGCUCCUGUCUUCAUUGCCAUGGGGUCUCGAAUGCUCUUUCGGGCUGUGAUCAUGGGCCCCCCGGGCUCAGGGAAAGGGACCAUUUCGGAGCGGAUAGUGAAACUCUUUGCCCUCCAGCACCUUUCCAGCGGCGAUCUGCUCAGGGUCAACAUCCAGAAGAAGACAGAAAUUGGUCUUGUUGCCAAAUCUUAUAUUGACCAAGGUCAGCUUGUGCCAGAUGAUGUCAUCACCAAACUGAUUCUGCAAGAAUUAAACAACAUGGGAUCUAACCACUGGCUGUUGGACGGUUUUCCAAGGACUGUCCCGCAGGCCAAGGCUUUGGACAAUGUUCAACAAAUAGACACUGUGAUAGACCUGAAUGUGCCGUUUGAAACAAUCAGGGACCGCCUCACUGCACGAUGGAUCCACUCCAGCAGUGGCAGAGUAUACAACACUGAAUUCAACCCUCCCAAAGUCAAAGGAAUAGAUGACCUCACAGGAGAGCCUUUGAUCCAGCGUGAGGAUGAUAAGCCAGAAACCGUUACCAAGAGGCUGAAAGCUUAUGAAGCUCUCACUAGACCUGUUCUAGAAUAUUAUCGAGACAAAGGUGUACUGAAAACAUUUUCUGGGACAGAGACCAACAAGAUCUGGCCCCAUGUCCAAGCAUUUCUGCUCACUAAGCUGCCUGAUGUACGAAAAGAAUGAGCUGGGAGAAGACGAAGACGCCUGUAAUAACUUGUUGUGCCAUUCAAAUUUGAAUGUUAGCCUUUUUACCUCUGUCCUAUUUACGUGUCCCGCAGAACUCCUUUUUAAUUUCUUUUAUGUACCAUCCGUUUUAUAGAUGUAUUUUGUCUAAUUUUAUCAAAGCCAGAAUGUAUUUUUUUAAACAUACUACUUUUGGGUAGUUUGGUAGUUAAAGUCUUGAAAUAAUUUUAAAAGUAAAAGGGAUGCACUGAAAUGAAAAUUCAGAAUGCACUUGGCCGAAACCAAAACCGAAAAAUUUUGACCCCCACAUUUUAGAAAAAAGAAACA